UGAAUUUAUGCCUGUGCACUGCAACCUGGACUCCUGGACAUUCAGAUACAGACACAGUAAACCAGCCUAUAUUGUUAGUUUUGAUGGUUUUGAUUAUUUGUUUAUUCAAAAUACAGAAAAAAUUGUUAAAAUGUCAUAUAAUUUUUAUUUUACGUUAAUUAUUACAUUAACAAUCACAAUAAAUAGUUUGUCAGCUGAACGAAUAAAAGAUAUGAUUUACAUGUCAAUUGAUGGUGCGGCUGCCUGUUUUCGUAGACACAAUGGUACCCAUCAGUUUGGAUGCUCCUCUACAAGAAGUGGAAGUGUUGGAGUAAUACAAUUAGUAGAAACAUUUGAAGAUGUGAAUUGGAUUGAGUCUAAUGCAACAGCUGGACCUUACACGGUUAUCUUACCUUUUACUAUGUUCACAAAAAAUGUAAUAACUCGUCUUGAUGCGACAAAUAAUAUCAAUGGAAUUUUAAUAACUAAAAAUAGUAGCCAAGCAUUUCCGUCCAGUUACUCCCCAGAGGAUACAUGUCCAAAUAAAUACUCUGGUAUACAAACAUGUGAUGAUAACAAAAUUUGGAAUCCGUGGGGAAAUGGCUUUCUUCUAAAAGAUUGGAAGUUUCCAAUCUUUUAUGUUGAGAAUGAUGAUUUAUUGGAAAAAAUAAAAAAUUGCUACUUUAAACACAAUGCUCAUAAUCUCGAUAAACAAAAAGAACGUCCUCUCUGCGCUCUGGAAAUGCAAUCAUUUAUGACAGCAGCAGUGGAUUCAGAAACAUGUAUCAGACGUAGUAAAAAGUUAUACAUGAAUCCAAUGGCAUUUUGUGAUCCACUGAGUGGUUUAAAUAUUCAUUGGCCUCUUUCACCUUUAAAUAAUAAAACAGAAUCAAUGAUUUUAGUUAUCGCUCGUCUAGAUGCUAGUUCUAUGUUUGAUAACAUAUCACCAGGUGCCAAUAGUGCAGUUACAGGAUUAGUUACUCUUCUUGCUACCGCAUAUUACCUAAAUUUACUCAACGCUACUGUAGAGCAUAUAAAUGUUUUAUUUUCUUUACUAAAUGGAGAGUCAUUUGAUUAUAUCGGAUCUAGUCGUUUUGUUUAUGAUCUCAAAGAGGGUAACUUUAAUGCACUUGGAGGUGAAAAUCUUAAACUAAAUCAAAUUAAAACAGUUAUUGAAUUAGGACAACUUGGAAAUGAUAAACUUUAUCUUCAUGCAAAUAAUUAUGAAAAUAAUGACGUGAUUAUAAAUCUUCAAAAAAUAUUAAAUCUGCAAAAUACGACACUUCCAAAUAGUGUACCACCUGCAUCUAUACAAAGUUUUCUUGCUGUAAAUCGUAAUUUAACUGCAGUUAUAUUAGCAAGUCACGGUGAACAGUUUACAAAUAAAUAUUAUGGUGGAAUUCUAGAUAAUACUGAAACACUUGGAAAUGAAAAAAAAGAAAUAAACACAACAUUAGCCCGAGUUGCGAUGAAACUUGGUGAUGUAUUGUAUGAAAAAAUAACAGGAAAAAAGUCACCUAGUAGUAAUGUAACAAUAAUUGAAGAACUUAUUAGUGAAAUGUUAUUUUGUUAUCUUAAAAGUGCUAAGUGUAAUCUAUUUCAAGCUGCUUCACCACCAGGAUCUAAGUUACCAAACCAUACAUAUCCUCUAUAUGUUGGUGUAAAUUCAUCUCCAAACCAUGCAACAAGCCUUACAGGACAACUUCUUGCAUUACUUACCGGAGAAAAAUUACCAAAUAUGACAGCGAACAAGUGCAAUCAACUUAGACUCGCUUGGAUGGGCGGAUAUAAUUUUACAGGAAUUUGUAUUAAUUCAACGGUUAAUUAUACAGCUGCUAUAAGCCCAGCGUUCACUAUUGAAGGAUACGAAAUGAAAUCUGGAAAAUAUUCAACGUGGACAGAAUCACGUUGGCAUAUACUUGGUGUUCGUAUGUUUAUCAAACCUUCAGCAGCAGUAGAACAAUUGACAAUAACUUUAGGAAGUGUUACAGCAAUUAUGUCUUUAAUUAUUGUUUGGUUUAUCAAUUCUCGCGCGGAUAUAUUAUUUGGUUAUAGUGUUACAGUACAGGAUUGCUAGGAAAACGCCGCGGACCACAUAUUAAUGACGAGAUUUAAUCAUCAGCAAGACGAAUCCAUUCCAGUGACUAGUCUUUGACCAAGAACAAAAAAAAAACAUAUUUAUGACACGUGUGUGGUACGCCCUCGGAGAUAAAUUAAUACUUAUUAUUAUUAAGUUGACGCGUAGUGCCUCUGGUUGCUCUCAAUGCAAUCUAGAAGUUCUAUUGUGUAAAUCUGUGAGUGAAAUAUCAAAAGACAAUAAAAUUAAAUUGUCUUUCACGUUGCAUUUGCCCAAUUUUUAAGUAUAAUUGUUUUAAUUAUUUAAGUUUAAAAUAAUAUUGAUUGAUGCUCAUUAAAUAAUUUUAUGUAUA